GCGUGCAAACUCUACUUCCAGGAUUCGACAUAUUUCAGACCACUUCUCGAAAGACACUCUAAGUCUCAACCCACUAUGCCCGCCGCCAAGCCGACCUACUUCUCGCCAUCGAGAAACCCUGCCUUCGCCCCCACCUACUCUCAGAUCUCCUCCAUUCCCAUCUCCCCAACCUCCACCCUGAUCUCCAUCGCCGGCCAGAUCGGCUAUGAUGCGGCCACUCAGACCGUUCCGCCCACCCUCGCUGAGCAAGUCGCCCUCGCCUGCGCAAAUGUCGAUACAUGCUUGGAGGCCGCGGGUGCGACCAAGGCCGACAUCGUCCAAGUACGGCAGUAUGUUGUUGAUUUAUUGAGAGGGGGAGUGGGCCAGGAUCCGGAGGGUCCGAGAGUGUAUGCAGAAUGGUUGGGAGGAUUGAAGCCGCCAAGUACGCGGGUGGGUGUGCAGGCGUUGGCGAGGGAGGAGUUGCUGUAUGAGAUUGAGGUCAUUUGUGUAGUGAACAGGGACACGUGA